GGUGACACUGUAUAUAUUGACGGGUUAAAGGAGGUGGAGUACAGUAGUAGUAAGAGUGAGUGACACAAUGAAUACUCCUUUGGUCGUCGUUCUCAUGCCAGUCCUCGCAGCAGGAUACGCCACAACAGGAGGGCGCACAUCCGCCACUCCCGACAGCACCACCUGGGGGCCGAUAAAGAUCGUAGGAGGGGAGUCUGUGUCGCCUGGGGAGUUACCCUACAUGGUGAGCAUCCAGGAUACUCGCUGGGGAAGCGCUGAGCACUUUUGCGGCGGCUCCGUCUACGACUAUACAACGAUCAUCUCGGCCGCCCAUUGCUUCUCCAUGAUCGACCUCGAACUCGUGCAGGUUGUGGCAGGAGAACACGACUGCAGUAAGGAUGAAGGGUUCGAGCAGGUGUCAACAAUCAAAAAGAUAAUCCUUCAUCCUGAUUUCAAUGACCAAACUUAUAUGAACGACAUUGCUAUCAUCAAGUUGAUGAAGCCCCUACAUUACACGGAUCACGUACAGCCUCUUCGCCUGCCCCCUAGCGGUGUGAAGGUAGAGGGUGAGUGUCUGGUGUCUGGCUGGGGAGCACUGGAAGAAAACGGUCAACACGUGAAUACUCCAAAGAAAUUGGAGGUUCCCAUCUGGUCACGUGAGGACUGUAGCAACUCCUACAAUGAUUAUGUGAUCUAUGAAUCUAUGAUGUGCGCUGGGUACGAGGAGGGAGGCAAGGACGCCUGCCACAGAGACUCUGGGGGACCGUUGGCCUGCGAGUCAGACGAAACAACCUACCUUGGCGGAGUGGUGUCCUGGGGAUACGGUUGCGCCAGACCCUUCCGCCCCAGCAUCUACACUGAUCUCACCUUCUUCGAAGACUGGCUAAUGCAACAUACCUCUUGAUCCCCCAGUUAGUGACGACUCUGACGAGGCUGUAUCCAAUGAUGUGUAGACAUAUCUCACAGCCGAGAUUACCCACGAUAGACCUGCCCGUUAAGACAUCUGUAACAUAAUGUUGGUUUAUCAAAUAUAUAGGGACUGACAACGGAUAUCUCUUCUGUGUGAUUUACUAACUUGUAUAAUUAUCUGUUCAUGAUUUUCCAUACUGAGUAAAGAAACUAACUCCAGUAUAGAUUA